AUUGGUUAUAAAAAGCCAAUCAUUUCCCGAAAAUUGAAAAAAAAAAGAAAAAAAGAAGAAUCUUAUGGGAAUCACCAUUCUCCCUUCUAUAAUCUGAAAUUAUACACAUCUUUCCUUAUCCAAUUUUGAAUUUAGAUUCUUAGGGGCAAUUAUGCCAUGCAUUCCGAUCUAUUGAAACCUCAAAAUCACCGUUGUCGACUUCCUGAUCCCUGGCUCCGUUAGUCAACCUAAUCCUUGUUAUGUUUUUUAUUUUUUGGGGGGGAAGAUGUUGAAGAAAAUUAUCAAAAGGAGCAAGAAGCAUUCCAAAUCGGAUUCAACGUUAACGGAAGCUGGGUCCCGUCCACCAGGUUCCGGUACUAUCGUGUCGGAUCCAAACCCGAAUGUGGUCGUCAACCACGCUUCCCGUCCCGGGCAGGGCGCACCGAGCACUAAUUCCAGCAGCCCUGUGGUCCCACUCCCACCCCCGAUGACCACCGUCGAACCCUUGCCGUUAUUACGAGACGCCCCUGUUUCGGAGAGACAAAACCUAUUCUUGCGAAAAUUACAGAUUUGCUGUUUCCAAUUCGAUUUCGUAGAUGUCUUAAAAUCGGCCCGUGAAAAAGAAAUCAAACGGCAAACGUUGCUGGAACUUGUCGAUUUUAUUCAAUCAGGAUCUAGCAAAAUCACUGAGAUAUGCCAGGAAGAGAUGAUUAAAAUGGUUGGAAUCAACAUUUUCCGGCCCCUCCCUCCAGCGUCUCAUGAAAGUACGGGGCAAGUAGCCUCGGAUCCUGAAGAAGAGGAUCACUAUUUGGAUCCCUCGUGGCCACAUUUACAGAUUGUAUAUGAGCUUCUUUUGAGAUAUGUUGUGUCUUCUGCUACGGAUACUAAGGUUGCAAAGAAAUACAUUGAUCAUUCGUUCGUUUUGAAGUUGCUUGAUUUGUUUGAUUCGGAGGAUAUCAGGGAAAGAGAGUUUUUGAAGACAAUUCUUCAUAGGAUUUAUGGUAAAUUCAUGGUCCAUCGACCCUUCAUUAGGAAGGCCAUAAAUAAUAUUUUCUAUAGGUUUAUAUAUGAAACAGAGAGGCACUAUGGGAUCGGGGAGCUUUUGGAGAUUCUAGGGAGUAUUAUUAAUGGUUUCGCAGUGCCUAUGAAGGAGGAGCAUAAGUUGUUCCUUGUGAGAGCGUUGAUUCCUUUGCAUAAGCUGAAACAUGUUGCCGUGUACCAUCAGCAGUUGUCUUAUUGUAUUACACAAUUUGUCGAGAAGGACUAUAAGCUGGCUGAUAUAGUUAUAAGAGGGUUGUUGAAGUAUUGGCCUUUGACUAAUUGUCAGAAGGAAGUUCUCUUCCUCGGGGAACUUGAGGAAGUACUUGAAGCAACACAGUCUGCAGAGUUCCAACGAUGUAUGGUUCCUCUUUUCAGACAGAUUGCACGUUGCCUCAAUAGCUUACAUUUCCAGGUUGCAGAGAGAGCUCUUUUCUUAUGGAAUAAUGAACACAUUGUGAGCUUAAUUUCCCUGAACUGUCAGGUGAUAUUACCAGUCAUAUUUGAGGCAUUGGAGAGGAAUACCCAAACUCAUUGGAAUCAGGCAGUUCAUGGGUUGACUGUGAAUGUGCAGAAGGUGCUCAUGGAAAUGGAUGUUGAGUUGUUCAAUGAGUGUCAGAGAGAGUUUGCAGAGAAAGAAGCCAGAGCGCAAGAGGUUUAAGAGCAAAGAGAAAUGACAUGGAAAAAACUGGCUGAUGUGGCAGCGAAGAGAGGAUGACGCGACAUGAGAACAGUCUAACUAUUACUGUUAGUUUGUUCGACAUAGAAGUGAUUCGUUUUCCUUUCUCCAUUUUGGUGGUGUUCUUUUUCUUUUGCACCCUAAAGUUUCUUCUUUUCAAUUUUUUUUUUUGUAGUUGUCAAUCUGAUCAAUGAAGAUACAUUUAAAAUG